UCCAGGCAACCGUAAGUCUUUUAAACUUUCUUGGGCUGCGAGGGUAUCGCGUGUCAAGAAAUAAAGCCCAAAUUGCCCUCCCCGAAGUACGUUACCUAGGCUUCCAGAUCAGACAGGGGGAAUGCCAGCUCUCAAGGGGAAGGCUUUAAGCUAUUUGUCGAGUCUCUACUCCCCGGAAUCGCAGGCAGCUCAGAGCAUUCCUGGGAAUGGCAGGAUUUUGCCGCAUAUGGAUUCCAGAUUUUGGACUACUAGCUAAGCCACUGUAUGAAUGUGUUAAAGGGACCGAUCAGGAACCAUUUUACUGGACAACAGAGGCAAAUAAUGCCUUUACCUUAAUAAAAAGAAAACUGAUGGAAGCCCCAGCCCUGGGUCUGCCCAAUCUUUCUAAGCCCUUUCAAUUGUAUGUACAUGAACGAAAGGGGGUGGCCCUGGGACUCCUUACACAGUUAUUGGGCUCUUGGAAACGUCCAGUGGCUUAUUUCUCCAAACAAUUGGAUCAGGUGGCUAAAAGGUGGCCGGCAUGCUUACGGGCAGUUGCAGCUACAGCUCUGGUGUUAGAGGAAGCAGAAAAACUAACUUUGGGGGGGGGCUGUUCAAGUAUACACUCCACAUAUGGUCCAAGCCUUACUGGACACAAAGCUCACCCAAGCUCGGGUAGCCCGGUAUCAGGCUAAGCUCUUACAGAAUCCCGAAGUUACCCUGCAGGCUUGCCCCUCCCUUAACCCAGCCACCUUGCUGCCAGAAACAGAGGGCCAAGAACAUGACUGCUUGGAAGUUAUAGAUGCCCAGUAUUCCAGCCGGCAGGAUUUAAAAGAUCAACCUCUUCCUAAUGCAGACUAUGAGUGGUACACGGAUGGCAGUAGUAUUGUUGUAAAUGGACUUAGAAGGGCAGGCUAUGCUGUUGUGUCUCUCCAUGAAACUGUGGAAGCAAAAAGCCUGCCCCCUGGAACCUCAGCCCAACUAGCCGAAAUAGUGGCUUUAACUCAUGCGCUUGAAUUGUCAAAAGGGAAAAGAGUUAAUAUCUUCACAGACUCUAAAUAUGCUUUUGGUGUACUACAUGUCCACGCAGGUCUGUGGAAACAAAGGGGAUUACUGACGGCUCAGGGCUCCCCGGUCAAGCACGGGUUACAAAUUCUUCGGCUUUUGGAAGCCAUACAACUCCCCUUAGAGGUAGCAGUAAUGCACUGCAGGGCUCACCAAAAGGAGGACCACAGUGUUAAUCGAGGCAACGCCAGGGCGGAUAGAGAAGCCAAACGGGUUGCCACUUUAGAACUGGGACUAGCCGAGGGUGUCCACCUUCAUGCCUUGAUUCCAUCACUCGGGGACCUCCCUACCUCGCAGUAUACGAGGGAGGAGUUAGAAUGGGCUGAAUCUCUUGGGCUUCAGGAGGAAAAAGGAUGGUUCCAUUCCACGGAGGGAAAGGUCCUGUUACCAAGGUGUAUGAUGCGACCAGUAUUACAAAAACUACACCAGACCUCCCAUGCAGGCAGGGAAGCUUUGACCCAGCUUGCACAAAAGUAUUUCAUCACCUCAGGACUUCAGCCCCUAGCGUCCCAGAUACCUGCGGAGUGCCUUACUUGCCAGAAAAAUAAUCCUCGACCAGGGAAUCCAGUUAUACCAGCUACCCUAGAACCCACUCCGGGCCCCAGGCUAAUGUGGCAAAUUGACUUCACUGAACUUCCUCGAGCCCAGGGGUAUAGAUACCUCUUCGUCCUGGUGGAUCAUUUCAGUGGGUGGCCUGAAGCUUUUCCUUGCUGAAAUAGCACUUCUAAGACUGUGGCUCUUAAACUUGUUAAAGAGAUUUUUCCUAGAUUUGGCCGGCCUCGAUGGAUGGAGUCUGACCAGGGAACACACUUCACCUCAAAAAUUGUCCAGAAUGUCUCAGAUAUCCUCCAGCUCAACUGGAAACUUCACACCCCUUGGAGGCCAUAGGCCAGUGGAGUGGUAGAACGCACUAAUCAGACACUCAAAAGGCACCUAGCCAAAAUAUGUCAGAAAGCGUCUUUAAAGUGGCCCGAUGCCCUACCUUUGGUUUUACUCCGCAUUCGAGCUCUUCCUAAGGGUAGAACUGGUUUAAGCCCCUUCGAGAUUAUGUUUGGAAGGGCAUAGCCUAUGAAUGCUACCCCGAUCCUACUAGGGGAAUGGGAGGUUGGGUGUGGAUAUUUGUCUCAAUAUAUGUGUUCUCUGUCUGCUGUUCUAUGUUCUCUUCACAGGU